AUGUCGCAAGAAAAGGCCGUCUCCCCGCCGUCGUUCGACGACGACGAGUUCAAGGGCCACGGCGGAUCCUCUGAAUUCCCGCUGUCCGAGACCAAGACGCGGUUCUCAAACCUGAACGACACGAUCGAGGAUGGCUCCGUCAUCUUCAACCAGACCUCUGACGGGCGGAGGAACAUUGGUAUCUUGUCGGCUGUCUUCCUCGUGUUUAAUCGAAUGGUCGGUACCGGCAUUUUCUCGACCCCGAGUACGAUCUUCAGUCUUAGUGGUAGUGUUGGCUUAUCGCUGUUUCUCUGGGUCGCCGGUAUGCUUAUCGCUGCCUCUGGAAUGAUGGUCUACGUCGAGUUUGGAACCGCCAUCCCAAGAAACGGCGGUGAGAAAAACUACCUCGAGUAUGUCUACACCCGCCCCAAAUUCCUCGUGACAGGCAUGUACGCCGCCUACGCGCUCCUUCUCGGCUGGGCCGGCUCCAACUCGGUCGUCUUUGGCGAGUACAUCCUCAACGCCGCCCAGGUCGAAGUCAACCGCUUCAACCAGCGCGGCGUCGGCCUCGCGUGCAUCACCGUCGCGUUCCUGAUCCACGGCCUCGCGCUGAAAUGGGGUCUCCGGCUGCAGAACUUCCUCGGCGUCAUCAAGCUCGCCAUCAUCCUCGUCAUCAUCGUCUGCGGCUGGGUCGCGCUCGCCGGCCACGCGCGCGUGCCGAACCCGCACAAUUUCACAAACGCGUUCGAGGGCACGACGGGCACCGCGUACGGCAUCGUCACCGCGCUCUAUAACGUCAUCUGGUCCUACAUCGGCUACUCGAACGCCAACUACGCGCUCAGCGAGACCAAGAACCCCGCGCGCACGCUCAAGAUCGCGGCGCCGUCGGCGCUCAUCCUCGUCGCGAUCCUGUACCUGCUCGUGAACAUUGCGUACUUCGCCGCGAUCUCGAAAGAAGAUAUCGCAGACUCGGGCCGCAUCCUCGCCGCGACGUUUUUCUACAACAUGUUUGGCGAGAAAGCCGAGCGCGCAAUGUCGGUCUUUGUCGCGCUCUCGGCGUUCGGCAACGUGCUCUCCGUCAUCUUCUCGCAAGGCCGCAUCGUCCAGGAACUCGGCCGCGAGGGAAUCCUCCCGUUCUCAAAGCUGUUUGCGAGUAACUGGCCGCUCAACGCGCCGUUUAUGGGCCUCUUUGAGCAUUGGCUUGUGUCUGUCAUCAUCAUGCUCGCGCCCCCGCCGGGCGAUGCCUACAACUUCUUGCUCAACGUGAUUUCGUACCCGCUCUCGGUCGUAAACACCUUCGUCUCCUUCGGCCUGAUCUACAUCUACCUCAACCGCUCCAAAUUCCCGGACUUCAACCCCAAGCUCCGCGCGACCUUCCCCGUCGUCAUCUUCUUCUUCCUCUCGAGCAUCUACCUCAUCGCCGCGCCGUUCGUCCCGCCAAGCGACCCGUCCCAGAACGUCUACGACUCGCUGCCGUAUUACCUCCACGCGGUCGUCGGCAUCGCGAUCUUUGGCGCGGGCGCGGCGUACUGGCUUUUAUGGGCAAAGAUCCUGCCGUACGUGGGCAAGUACAAGCUCGUGCGGGCUACGGUGGUGGGAGACGAUGGAUGGAGCAGGAAUUUGUUUCGCAAGGUGCAUGUGAAUAAGGAUGAAGACAGAUCUGCAAUUGAGGAGUAG